AUGCACGGCUCUGUCAUGCAUGCGAGUUUAUCGGCAUCAUAUAAAACUAGAAAAAAGUAUACAUACAAAUAUAGUACAACAAGAAUGACAGGACAUUCACACCCGAAAUCACACCCACACCCAAACUCACACCCAAACUCACACCCAAACUCACACCCAAACUCACACCCAAACUCACACCCAAACUCACACCCAAACCCAAACCCACUCCCACUCCCACUCCCAUACAUAUACCCACACAUAUACCCACACACGUCAAAUUCUCAUGGAAACACAUCAAAAGGCCUCACUACUGUUACUUGUGGUUCCAAACCACCAGUACAAAUAAGGUUGAAGACAAACCAAGGUGUUCUUUGCGACAACGAAACAAUAUACAUCCAGGUGGUACCCAAGAUGAAAUCACACGGCUCGACACGUAUAUCUUGCAACGACACUACUUACAAGUUGGAAGAGAACCAAGAGUACAGUUGCACAGAAGAUGGAUUAUUUGUGGAAGUGAUGCAAGAUAUGGUGUACAAAAGUGCAGGAGCCAAGGUGACCACCAAGGCACUUUUGGUCUUUUUGUUGGGAAUGAGUGCUUUGGUCUUGUAA